CUAUUUCUUUCUCCAUGGGGAUACAGCCUUAGUGCUCUUAUAACCAAAUAUAUUAUGUUUGCGAGUCAAUUAAUUUCGCCGAUUUCGCGAUCGGUUCGAGGUAAAUUUAUGAAUAUUCGGAAAAUGAGUGCAGCAAUUAGCGCUGACUGCGUGAAAUCUCUGCUAUACAAGGAAUACGGCGAUCCUGCCGAGGUUCUCCACGUGACUACACAAACGGUCGAACAACCAGCGGACGAUCAGGUGUCUGUGAGAUGGCUGCUAUCCCCGGUUAACCCGGCUGACAUAAACACGAUACAAGGUAAAUAUCCUAGCAAACCCUCGUUACCAGCAGUACCUGGAAAUGAAGGGGUCGGAGAAAUAGUAGCAGUUGGUUCCAACGUUCAGAAUUUGCAUGUCGGAGAUAGAGUGGUGCCAAAUGGCCCUAAUUUUGGAAUUUGGAGGACACAAGCUAAUUAUGAUUCUAAAGAUGUCAUGAAGAUCUCCAGUGACAUCAGCCUGGUUGAAGCAAGUAUGAUGAACGUAAACCCGUGCACAGCUUACAGAAUGCUGAGAGAUUUUGUUUCUUUAAAACCAGGAGAUACUGUGAUACAGAAUGGUGCUAAUUCUGCGGUUGGUCAGUUGGUUAUUCAGUUGUGCAAAGAGUGGAAUUACAAGUCUGUCAAUGUUGUUAGAGAUAGACCGAAUAUACAGGAAUUAAAGGACCAACUGGCAUGCUUAGGUGCAGAUGAAGUGCUGAUCGAAAAGGAGGUUCCAAAUACGCAGCUCUUUAAAAGUAAAAAAUUACUUGCACCCAAAUUAGCACUCAAUUGCAUCGGCGGGCAGAGCGCAGUUGAAGUAACAAGACACCUUGCACAUGGUGGUAUUUUGGUGACUUAUGGUGCUAUGUCUAGAGAACCAUUGACUGUACCAACGGCAGCACUUAUUUUUAAGGACAUAUCGUUUAAAGGAUUCUGGAUGACAGCUUGGACGAAUGCAAAUAAGGAAUCCCAAGAAAGAAUAGAUAUGUUUGAAGAUUUAGCGAAUCUUUUUAAGAAUAAGAAAUUGCAGUCGCCGCCGCAUAAAUUAGUGCCUUUUAGCGAGUACAAAGAAGCUAUCAGUAAGGCUCUUAGUUUCGAUGGUCGCACAGGAGUAAAGUACAUUUUAGACUUAAGGAAAUCUUAAGAUCUUUUUAUAUACAUAAAACUACUGAAGUAAUGCAGGUUUUGUAAAGUAGAAUAGUCUUUUAUAUGGAAAUAUAUUUAUUUCCAUUGAGAAUUGAGACAAAUCGG